GCAAAGAUUAUUGCGGAGGCUGCUAAUGGACCGACUACUCCUGCCGCAGACAAGAUUCUGAUCGAUAGGAAUAUUCUUGUAAUUCCAGAUUUGUACAUUAAUGCCGGUGGUGUCACAGUUUCAUUCUUUGAGUGGUUAAAGAACUUGAAUCACGUGUCGUAUGGCCGUCUAACUUUCAAAUAUGAAAGGGAGUCUAAUUAUCAUCUUUUAGAAUCGGUGCAAGAGUCUCUAGAGCGUAGGUUUGGUCGUGUUGGCGGCCGUAUUCCCGUCACACCAUCCGAAGCCUUCCAGAAACGUAUAUCUGGCGCUUCCGAAAAAGAUAUUGUUCACUCUGGUCUGGACUAUACAAUGGAGA